AUGUAUCCAAAUACUAUAACAGCUGAGAUUGGACAAGAUAUUCCGCGGACGAUUGGAUUUGGAUUGGCCGUAUUGCUGCCAGUUAGCAUUGGCACUCGCUCAAUAAGAUGGACUCCUAGCAAAUACUUUAUCGAUAGCAUAGGAUUCACAUUAAUAUUGGGUCCUCUCAUAACAAUGCUUCCAAUUGCCUACCUAACGGGCUUUUACGCUGAUCAUGGAGCUCCUCCAUUAUCAUCUUCAGUGCACAUGAAAGAGUUAAAAGAAAGAAAACGAUCUGGUGAUUAUGAUGUUGAAUGGAAAUUAAAGAUGAUUUCAAGGGCUACCAAGAAUUUGUCCGUAAUUGCAGCAACGUUCGUUAUAACAAAUGGAUCGUACACUAUAUUGGCCUUCACAUAUGGACUAUGGCAACAUAAUAUCACAAUAUUCAUUGCUGAAAUUGACAUAUUCUAUUUAAUUAUUUGGUAUUUUCCUUUUCCCAUUCUACUUUCCAUCGCUCAAGCCGUUUUUAUUUAUAACACAUAUAACCCAACACCAAAUGGUCCAACAUUUGCUCAUAUAUCAACAACUUCUUCCACCCUUAAUAAUGGUGACUCGUUAUCAAACAAUGAUAAAAAAAUGGAGUUUGGAUUAAUAAUAAAAACUUUAGAUGACUGUAAAUAUCUUUCUACAGUUCGCAAUAAACAGUCUUUAGAUUCUUUCAAUUCAAAAUCUACUGUAAUAUCAUCUGAUCCAACUUUACAAGGAAGUAAAUUUAACGAAGAUUGCAUAGCUGAAUAUAAAGUGAAUUAUAGUGGAGUUGAUGCACUGUAUAAAGACAAUUAUGAUGAACAUGGUGUUUCCUUUACUAUUAAUAAUGUGUCAAUGCCAAAAAACCCUGAACCAUCAUGGCAGAUCA